AUGCUGUACCGCUUUCUACAUCCGCUGCUCGGUGUCGGGCUGCUAAACAGUGCGGGUGAAAAGUGGCUGCACCGUCGACGCAUUCUUACGCCGGCCUUCCACUUCAACAUACUGAACGGAUUCUACCGGACGUUCUGUGAGGAAAGCGAAAAGCUGGCCAAUCUCAUUGAUGCACAGAUGAGUCGGGGCAUCACGGAGAUAGAGUUACAAUCAGCGAUGUCCCAGUACACACUCAACACUAUCUGUGAAACAUCGAUGGGCGUGAAGCUGGAUGCGAUGCAGGGUUCAGUGGAAUACCGAUCGGGAUUGUACAAGGUCGGAGAGCUACUCCUCAAUCGCGCCGUCCGUCCUUGGCUGUACAUCGAUUUCAUCUUUUGGAUUCAUGGAUACAGCAGCCGAUUGAAUAGGCUGAUUAAACCCCUACAUCAGUUCACAACUGCCAUCAUAGCGCAACGAAGGCAACUGUUUCGGAAUGGAAAGCUCGCUGAGGCUCAGACCAGCGACACCGACCAGGAUCAACCGGGGGAAACUAUCUACAGUCUGUCCUCGGCUAGUGGUAAAAGACGAUACGCUAUGCUCGAUACUCUCCUGGCUGCCGAGGAUCGCGGACAGAUCGACGACGCUGGUAUACGCGAGGAAGUGGAUACCUUCACCUUCGAGGGUCACGACACAACGGCGGCCGCAUUAGUUUUCAUCUGCUUACAGCUGGCUUGGGAGCAAGAGGUCCAGGAGCGUGUCUACGAUGAGUUGAACGAGCUUCGGAAAUCAAAAUCUUACACCACCAAGAGCAAUCAACACUUUGAGCCUCACGACUUUGGUUCGUUAAAGUACUUUGAUCGUGUUAUCAAGGAGUGCUUACGGAUAUGGCCUCCUGUUGCAUUUAUCUCACGUGCCGUCACCGAAAGUAUAACACUGCGGGAUGGUCGAACAAUCCCUCGCGGUUGUAUUGCCAACUUGCACAUUUAUGAUUUGCACCGCGACCCGGAACAGUUCCCCGAUCCGGAGCGAUUCGAUCCGGAUCGCUUUCUGCCAGAGCACGUGGCAAGUCGUAAUCCUUAUGCUUAUGUUCCGUUCAGUGCAGGACAACGAAAUUGCAUUGGACAGAAGUAUGCGGUGCUCGAGAUUAAGGCUGCCAUCGCUCAUCUAGUGCUGCGGUAUCGCCUCCUGCCCGUUACACAGCGCCACCAGAUAUGCUUUAUCACCGAUCUGGUCCUGCGAGCCUCCAACCCGCUCAAAGUUCACUUUGAGCGACGUAAUGGGUAA